CACGUAAUACGGGUCACGUGAGGUCUUUGCAAGUGACAUGACGCAGCAGCAGAGCCUCGGAAACCGUAGCGCUGCUCAACUUUUUAGCUGACGUUCAGUUUGCAGCUCGCUAUUCUUUUCAUUUCGCCUCCUCGUUAAAGCAACUCACAUCACACACACAUUUCUCCCCGUGGAAUUCAUCAACUAUCAAGCCAUACAAUUGCCCAAUCUCUGAUACCUUCAACACAUCAUGGCUUCAUCAUCACCUGCCACUCCCGACAUCGCCCUGUUUGCGCGUGGAACGAUCGCCCUCUUCACCCUCUGGCCUGCAUUGCGUCUCGCUGUGAGCGAAGAAUGGGGCGGACCCGAUUCGAAAGAGAAGAGGACCUGGAUGAUUAGCGAGGUCGUCGACUACUUUGAGAGCUGUCUACCCAAGGCGAACGAGCCCAAGAUGACCGAGGAACAGCUCGCCGAGCUCGUCGAUCAAGACGAUCUCGCCGAGAUGCUCGAAGGCAUGGUCAGCGACGAGUUCGAGGUGGAUCUAGACGAUGGCUCUGCCGACGAAGUGGCCGGGGAUGUCGUCAAGCUUUGGAAAAAGGUGGUCAAGGGUGACCAGGCGAUGGUGGACGAGUUGGAAGAGUUGGUCAGGACGACGGGGAGCAAAAAGGUCCAGGCUCAGGGCAACGGGGACGACGACGAGGAGUUGGAUGAGGAUGGGAACCCUCUGCCCGAUAGUGAGGGAUCUUCGGACGACGAGGACAUCGAGAUGGCGGCUCCGGCUCAGCCCAAGGAGAAACAGGAGCCCGUGGUGGACGACGACGGGUUCACCUUGGUUCAGAAGAAGGGCAAGAAGUAGGCUCCAGGACGGAUUACUGGCAGGGGUUGAAGAAAGCAGAGCGUCGAAAUGACAAGGAUGAGAGGAUGGGCGGGAAACUGACCGAAUGUAACGCCUACGACAGACGUCAAGGAACACUAUUGUACCCCCCCCCUUGUACGCGACAGAUUUCUCAUACGUUUCUCGCAACUCUAUCGUCUUCGUCUGCUGGAUCCAUGCGACGAGAUCCCUGACUCCCGAUGUCCUGCUUGUAACUUGCUG